AUGACACUAAUAUUGAUUCUGAUCUCGGUUGUCGUGGCAGCAUUGGCCGCCCCCGAGGGCUACAACCUGCCUACGCCCUCUGGCCCAAAUCUUCCUGGAGGCGGCUGCAAACAAGGCGAAAUCCUUCAUGUGGACGGAACGUGCGCUCUCCCUAAAGUUACCCAGAACCUGUUCGUCUUCACGGCCCCCGAACAACAGCAGACCUACGGACCUCCGCCACAGAUCCCAACCCCUAAAGUAGAACACAACAUUGUGUUCAUCCGCGCCCCGGAACCGGUUCAAGGCCCUGAGCCCAUCAUAGUACCGCCGCCCAGACAGCAGAAUAUUGUCUACGUUCUCAACAAACAGACAGAACAGUCUCAGCGAGUCAUCGAGGUCCCUGCUGAAGCGCCCAAGAACCCCGAGGUGUACUUUGUCAACUACAACGAGGGAGACACCCCGACCCUCCCCGGUGGUAUUGACUUCCAGACUGCCCUCAGCUCCGCAGUCCAAGGUGAUGAUCAAUUCAUCACCGGCUCCGGAGGACUUGCUGGCGGCGAAGGCGGCGUUGUUGACACCCAAGGAGGUGGUAGCGGCCUAGAUGGAGGCAUCGGAAUUGGCAGUGGACUGGACGGCAGCUUUGGAGGUGUCGGAGGAGCCAGUGGAUUCGAUGGAAACCUUGGACCGACCAAUGGUUUUGGAAUCAAUCUUGAAGGCUCAAGCGGUUUUGGAGGCAGCCUUGGAGGUUCUGCUGGACUUAACGGAAACAUAGGAAAUGGUGGCUUCGGGGGAGAUGGUAGUCUAGGUACUGGCACUGUCACUGGGGGUGGUUAUGGAGGCAGCAAUAUCGGCCUGGCUGGUAACAGUGGUAGAAAUAACAAUUUUGUUAGCAACAUUGGCGGAGACAGUGGUUUUGGUGGCAACUUUGGCAGUGCUGGAAAUUUUGGUAGUGACAAUGUAGGCGGCAAUGUUUUUGCUGGUAAUACUGGUGGAAGUGCUGGUUAUACUAGUAACCUUGUUAGCAGCAGUGGGUUUGGUGGCAACAUUGGUGUUGGUGGAUUAAGUGGAGGCACUAGUGGGUUUGGUGGUAAUACUGGUGGCAGCAGUGGUGUUGGCAGUUACACUGGUGGCAACAGUGGAUCUGGUGGCAAUCGAGGGUUUGGUGGUAACAUUGGUGGAAGCAGUGGGUUUGGUGGUAACAUUGGUGGCAGCGGUGGGUUUGGUGGUAACAUUGGUGGCAGCGGUGGGUUUGGUGGUAACAUUGGUGGAAGCAGUGGGUUUGGUGGUAACAUUGGUGGAAGCAGUGGUCUUAGCAGUUACACUGGUGGCAGCAGUGGUGUUGGUGGAUACACUGGUGGCAGCAGUGGGUUUGGUGGUAACAUUGGUGGCAGCGGUGGGUUUGGUGGUAACAUUGGUGGCAGUGGUGGGUUUGGUGGUAACAUUGGUGGCAGCGGUGGGUUUGGUGGUAACAUUGGUGGCAGUAGUGGGUUCGGUGGUAACAUUGGUGGCAGCAGUGGGUUCGGUGGUAACAUUGGUGGCAGCAGUGGGUUUGGUGGUAACAUUGGUGGCAGCAGUGGGUUCGGUGGUAACAUUGGUGGCAGCAGUGGGUUUGGUGGUAACAUUGGUGGCAGCAGUGGGACUGGUAGUGCCUCAGGAUUUGUAGGCACUCUUGGUGGAAACUAUAAUCCUCCGUCCGCCAAUAUCAACACACCAUCCAAUCUCUACACCACACCUUAA